AUGGCAACCAGACCGUACCACAUGGCUGAGGGGGAGGUAAUUCCUCCCUACAGGCCCCGCCGGCCAGGGUGGGGGAGAAGGCAUUUUAGGAGGACUAUGGAGGAACUAGUUCAUGAUCUGGUCUCAGCACUGGAAGAAAGUUCAGAGCAAGCCAGAGGAGGUUUUGCUGAUACUGGAGAUCACUCUCGCAGCGUGUCUUGUCUUCUAAAACGCCAGGCAAGGAAAAGGAGAGGACGAAAAAGACGUUCGUUUACCACUCAUCAUCCUUGGGAGACUAGUCACUGUUUAAGUGAAGGUUCUGAUUCCAGUCUAGAAGAACCAAGCAAGGACUAUAGAGAGAAUCAUACUACUAAUAAGAAAGACCACAGUGACUCUGAUGAUCAGUUGUUGGUUGCUAAACGCAGGCCUUCUUCAAAUUUAAAUAACAUUAGAGGCAAAAGACCUCUGUGGCAUGAGUCUGAUUUGGCUCUUGACAAUUUAGGAAACAGGACCCUGCGUAGGAGGAGAAAGGUGAAACGCAUGGCAAUAGAUCCACCAUCGGAAGUUACGAAUACACUAACAUUGACCCAACAACAGGAUAACAGCAGAGAUCAAGAAAUGGAUAAUGAUAAUAGAUCUUACCAACAUCAAGAAUUUGCCAAGAGCAAAGUGAAAAAAAGAAAACUAGCUACAACUAGGCAAGGACCAGAAAUCUUGGAUGAAGGAGUGGUUAUAGAGAGUGAAGAAGCGAACCAGGCAAAUAAGGACAAAAUGGAGUAUGAGGAGCAAAAGGGUUCAGAUGAGAACAUGAGUGACAGUGAAUCCAGCAGCCUGAGCAGCAGUGAUGCUGGUUUGUUUACCAAUGAUGAGGGAAGACAAGGUGAUGAUGAGCAGAGUGACUGGUUUCAUGAAAAUGAAUCUGGCGGUGCGUGUGGAAUCACUGGGGUCGGUCACUGGUGGGAACAGGACUCAACGGAGUUGGAGAAAGAAUUGCCUGAUCCAGUCUUUGAAAGUAUCUUAACUGGUGCUUUCCCUCUUAUGUCCCAUUCAGGGAAGAGAGGUUUCCAGAGUAGAUUUAGUCAUCUUCAUGGAAUGCCAGCAAGGAACAUCAAAAAGGUUUCAGGAAACCCAGCUGCAUUGAUUACCAGUGCAGGCCCAGGCAACAAGAAAAUGGUUCACUUGUCCCAAGAUUCUCAUCACAAUGACCACUGGUUUAGCCCUGGGGCUAGGAAGGAACAUAGCCAGCUUCAGCUCCUGCGGGAUAACCGAUCUGAGAGAGGACACAAGAAAAAUAUUUCAGUAAAAACAGCUAGCAGACAAACAAGUGUACAUUUAGGAUCAUUGUGCAUGGGGGACAUCAAACGGAGAAGAAAAGCUGCACCCCUGCCAGGACCCACAGGGUUUGUAGGUGAAAAUGCCCAACCAAUCCCAGAAAACAACAUUGGAAACAGAAUGCUUCAAAGUAUGGGCUGGACUCCUGGCACAGGCCUGGGACCAGAUGGCAAAGGGAUGUCAGAACCAGUCAGAGCCAUCCAGAGACCAAAGGGACUCGGACUUGGAUUUAGCUGA